UUUGUAAAAAUAAAAUUAUAAGUGAGACCCAUCUAAGAAAGAGAGAAAAAAAAAAGGGUGAGUCAUAAGAAAAUUAUUUAUCUAAUAUAAAAUGAGAGAAAUAUAUCCUAUAUGCAACUCACAUACGUCUUUCCUCCCCCGUUGAGGUGUCUCUUUCAUAGAUAAUUGAGUAAUAUUAAAUGUUACUCAAUUAAUUAUAUUCUGCUCCCAAGCUCUCUUCAAAGUCUCUGAGUUUUCAGUGUACUCCAUCCCUCACCACUACCAGUAACCACCAUGCCCAUGAUGAAGAAAGAUGCCCAACUUGUGUUUGUUCCUUCCCCUGGUGUGGGUCAUCUUGUGUCCACCAUUGAGUUCGUGAAGCUUCUCGUCAACCGUGACGACCGUAUCUGGGUCACUGUCUUGGUCAUGAAGUUACCAUUUGACACCACAACCGGUCCUUACACAGAAACCCUAGCUUCCUAUGAACGUGUCAAGGUUAUUAACCUCCCUGAAUGUCACGUUCCCACAAACUCUGAUGGUCCCUCCAAGCACACCUUCAUUGAUGACCAGAAACCCAACGUUAAAGAAGUUGUGUCCAACCUCACUCGCUCCGACUCGGAACCGCAACUCGCCGCGUUCGUGGUUGACAUGUUCUGCACAACCAUGAUCGAUGUAGCCAAAGAGUUUGGGGUCCCUACGCUGGUGUUUUUCACUUCCGGUAUUGCUUUUCUUGGUCUGAUGCUUCAUCUUCACACUCUCAGGGAACGAGACAACGUGGACAUCAGCGAGUUGGAGGAAUCGGACACUGAGUUGGCCAUUCCGAGUUUCGUAAACCCGGUUCCUUCGAAGGCUAUGCCUUCUUUGGUGCUACAGAAGGAAUGGGAGACAGUUUUCUUGCGCUUUGGGAAAGGGCUGAAGGAAGCCAGUGGUAUCAUUGUAAAUUCAUUUGAGGAGCUAGAAUCCCAUGCGGUUCACUCAUUUUCUGGUAGUGGUGUACCCAUAUAUCCAGUGGGACCCAUACUAAACCCUAAGGCUAAGGGUGACCAAGUCACUGAGUCUCACUCUGAAAUUCUCAAGUGGCUUGAUGAUCAACCUCAUGCCUCGGUAAUAUUCCUCUGCUUCGGGAGCAUGGGUUAUUUGGAUGAUGAUCAGAUAAGAGAGAUCGCGCGUGCCCUUGAGAGCAGUGGGGCCCGCUUCCUGUGGUCCAUACGGAAACCCCCACCAAAGGGUUCUACUUCCAGGAUGGUAUCGCCGUCUGAUUACUCUCCUUCCGAUUUGGCUGCGGUUUUACCCGAAGGGUUCUUAGAUCGGACGGCAGGGAUUGGAAGGGUACUUGGAUGGGCCCCUCAGGCCCAAGUUCUGGCCCAUCCAGCCACAGGAGGGUUUGUUUCUCAUUGCGGUUGGAAUUCUACCCUUGAGAGCAUAUAUUUCGGUGUGCCCAUUGCCACGUGGCCGCUCCAUGCCGAACAACAGACAAAUGCAUUUGAACUGGUGCGAGAGCUGAAGAUGGCUGUGGAAAUUGCGGUGGAUUAUCGGGUGGACUUCAGGACUGGAAGUAACUAUGUUUUGAGUGGAGAGAAGAUAGAAAGAGGAAUAAGGAGUGUGUUGGAGAAAGAUGGAGAGAUAAGGAAGAAAGUGAAGGAGAUGAGUGAAAAGAGUAAGAAGACAUUAAGUGAAGGUGGGUGUUCCAGCUCUCAUUUGGAACGUUUAAUUGAUUAUAUAACGAGUCAGGUUUGAAUUUAUCCUUGUAAGUUGUAACCAUGAACAUAAUAAGUCAUGCUUACACUUGUUUUGAAAAAAAAAAAAAAAGUUGCAAUGUAUGUUGUUUUUUAUUAUUAUCUAAAAUGAAAUCAUGGAAAACUGAUGUUUAAAUAUUGGUGUUCAUGGAGAAUGUUUAAUGAUAGAUAUUUCUGUUGAAGAGGAAAAAAGUUGCAAGAUUUUACAUUUUUACUCCUUGCAACAAUUAAUUACUGACCCCUUAUGAGAAUUUAUGUAUUUAGAUGUAAGACGGAGGCGUUGU